UUACCUAUUCUCAAAUCUAUGUCAUAAAAGGCCUAUAAACAAAAAUGAUAAUAAAAAUGUUUUUGUUUUGUAUGCAUCGCAUUCCCACAUUCAUGCAUUACCUUUUUUCAAUAAUAAUAAAAUGAAAAACACACUCAUACCUUCUCGAAACUUCAGGAGACUUGCCCUUCACCAUAGCGAGGAAAUCGAAGAAGAAAUCGGCUCAAGAGCCCCUUCCCCCACAUUCAUACCCUACGCGUGCAAACAUCCACAGACUCAUGGAUCAAGAAGGACAGGAUCAAGCGGCCUUAAGAGAGGACGUUGACGCAAUGAAAGUCAAGAUGGACAAGAUGCUCGAGCUUGUCCAAGCUUUGGUAAACAACCAUCAGCCUGCUGCGACCGCUCCGAAUGCGAACUGGCCUGAAUACGGUCUUCCCGCUGGCUACACUCCACCCGAAGAAGAUGGUGGCGUACCUCCCCCUCCAGAGCCUGUUGUCAUCCCUGUUUCGAAUGAAGUACCAUCCGCUCAAGGAGCUCGCGCCAGCACCGAGCCGAAUACCUCGGAGAUUGUUCAGCCUACUCAGACCCCACCAACGCUUGAGGCUGAUCAAGGAGAUAAGUAUAAGGCCUUAGAAGAAAGGUUGAAGGCUAUUGAAGGUGUUAGUGCCUUCGGGUUUGAUGCUUCAAACAUGUGCUUAGUUCCAGAUGUGGUGGUCCCACCAAAGUUCAAAGCCCCGGAUUUUGAUAAGUACAAGGGCACUGGCUGUCCAAAAAUCCACAUCAAGAGGUUCUAUACCAAGAUGGCUGCUCAUGCUUCGAAUGAGAAACUGCUCAUUCACAUCUUCCAAGACAGUUUAAGUGGAGCUUCACUUGAUUGGUACAUGCAAUUGGAAAGGGCUCAGAUCAAAACUUGGAAAGAUCUUGUGGAUGCUUUCCUUACUCAAUACAGUUACAAUCUGAAUAUUGCUCCCAACCGCAUGCAACUACAAAACCUGUCUCAAAGGAGUAAUGAAGCAUUCAAGGAAUAUGCCCAGCGUUGGAGGGAGUUGGCCGCUCAAGUCCAACCUCCCUUGAUGGAUCGCGAAUUGGUAGACACUUUCAUGAGCACUCUGCAAGGACCCUACUAUGAAAAAAUGAUAGGGAGUAUUUCAUCCAAUUUCGCAGAUUUGGUCAUCAUAGGAGAGCGUGUGGAAGCAGGAAUUAAGAAUGGAAAGAUUCAUAAGUUCACUAAGGAUCAGACUGGUGGAAGGAGGUCCUUCAAUGCGAAUCCAAGGAAGAAGGAGGAGGAAACUAAUGCCAUCACCACAAGUGCACCAGCUCAAAUAUCAUACUCGGCAAUUGUUCCUCCACAACCACAACAAAGGAACCAAUCUAAUGGCCGAAACAACUUUGAAAAGAGGGUUGUGCAAUUAGACCGUGUGCCUGUGCCAUACGGUCAAAUCCUCCCUUAUCUGCUACAAAAAGGGAUGAUAGAGCUAAAGCAGCUUCCACCGAAGCUGUUAACCUUUAAGGAGGAGGGACCCAAUGUGAAGACCAAUCCGCUGCCUGGCCAUGCUGGCCCAUCUGUGAAUGCUGUGGAAGAUGAUGGAGGAAUUCAAUUGAUAGAUGAAGUUUCUAAGAUCCGAACUCCACUAGCAAUAGUUAGAGAAAAGCUAAUUGGUUAUGAAGAAUUCGAGAUGAUGCACUCUGACUGUGAAGAGUGUGCAAGGAAACCUGAGAAUUGUAAGAAGAUGAGGAUGUGCUUACAACAGUUGAUGGAUCAAGGCUUGGUCCAGAUUGGCUACUCAGUAGUAAACCCUGUCAUUGCGGCAUUAGAGGACUUCACGCCAAUUGAGAUCCCAUUCAAAAGGGCCCCUAUACCAAAUAAAGAAGUCCACCAACUAGUCUUCAGGGUGCCUAAGUCUUUUCCAUUCGAGAGCACUCAAAAAGUACCAUGGAAUUAUCAACCUAUUGUUUCCAUGGGCCAAGAGCAAGUAACACUUGAAAAUCCCUCCGUUGACAGCAUUGCAGGGAUAGGAGGGAUGACAAGAAGUGGGAGGAUCUUUUCUCAUGAUCAGUCAAGCAAGAUUAUUGAGAAGCCCCUAUUGGAUCUAGCUAAAGGGAAGCAUGUAGAAGAGAUGGGUAAAGAGCAGCCCCAUAAGGUGGCACCUAAAGGGGAUGCCGAAGAAUUUUUAAAGAUCAUUCGCAAGAGUGAUUAUCAAGUGGUUGAUCAGUUAGGGCAAACUCCAUCUAAAAUCUCUAUGCUCUCAUUAUUGCUAUCCUCAGAAAUCCAUAGGAAUGCCUUAAUGAAAGUGUUGGGAGAAGCCCAUAUUGAGAAAGACGUCACCGUGAAUCAAUUUGACGGGAUAAUAGCCAACAUCGCUUCAAGCAGAUAUCUCGGGUUUAAUGAUGAAGAAUUACCAGCCAAAGGUUGUGACCACAACAAGGCAUUGUAUAUAUCUGUCAAGUGUUUGGGCAACAUCUUGUCCAAAGUAUUGAUAGAUAAUGGUUCGUCCCUGAAUGUCAUGCCCAAGAGGACCUUCGAUAAGUUAAACAGCGAAGGGGCAGUAAUGAGGCCUAGCACACUUGUUGUCAAAGCCUUCGAUGGCUCUGAAAGGACGGUCAUGGGAGAGAUAGACCUUCCAGUUUUGGUUGGUCCCCAGCUCUUCACAAUCACUUUCCAAGUCAUGGAUAUUAAUCCUGCUUAUAGUUGCCUCCUUGGAAGACCAUGGAUUCAUUCGGCUGGCGUUGUCACAUCCACCCUACAUCAAAAACUCAAGUUCAUGUCCAACGGCAAGAUCAUCAUAGUAUCCAGUCAAGAGGAUAUUAUGGUGAGUCAUUUGUCCGCCUUUCAGUACAUUGAGGAAGAUGAGCAAGCAGUGGAAAUUCCGUUUCAGGCUCUGGAGGUCGCAACUGUCACCAUGAAGCGAAAGAAGAAAGCUAAACUUGCCUUCACUUCAUGGCAAGCAAUGAAGGAAGCAUUGAACGAAGCAAGUCUAGAGGGUUGGGGGAAGGUGCCUGUGGUUCAAGAAAAGAAGGAUCGCUUUGGGCUAGGAUAUCGACCAUCAACAAAGGGAUCGACCAGUUCUAACUACAAGGGUGGUCGUUCCCUCCAAGAAAUGUUUCGCAGUGCGGGGUUCAACAACAAAGAGCAAGUGAACAUGAUUGGGGAUAAUGAGGAAGAUGCACCUAACCUAAUGCGCAGCUGUGCUAAUGAAGAGCCCCUCAACAAUUGGAAGGCCGAGGAGAUUUCUGAAGUUUCUUUUAAAAUGAAAACAUCCUCAUGCAGAUCCAUAGAAAUACCCGUUGAAACCUACCCCGCUAGUUUCCCUUUUGACUUCGAACAUCCGGUAAACCAAGCCGAAGGAGUUGACGAGGAUGAUUGUGAACUUCCUGAAGGACUAGCUCGCCUGUUGAAACAAGAAGAAAAGGCCAUUCAGCCGCAUCAAGAGCAAGUUGAGACAAUCAACUUGGGGAGCGAGUCAGAUGUAAAAGAGGUCAAAGUAGGGGCAUCAUUGCAAGAAGAUGUAAAGAAGGAUCUGGUCAGUUUGUUGCAAGAAUACGUCGAUGUGUUUGCUUGGUCUUAUCAAGAUAUGCCAGGAUUGGAUACCGACAUAGUUGUGCACAAGCUCCCACUCAAGCCUGAAUGUGCACCUGUAAAACAGAAGAUGAGGAGAACAAGACCUGAUAUGGCUCUCAAGAUCAGAGAAGAAGUGAAGAAGCAAUUUGAUGCAGGAUUUCUAGCUGUGGCCAAGUACCCGCAAUGGGUUGCCAACAUUGUACCUGUCCCAAAGAAAGAUGGCAAGGUACGAAUGUGUGUGGAUUACCGAGACUUGAACCGAGCAAGUCCAAAGGAUGACUUCCCGUUGCCCUACAUAGAUGUGUUGGUGGAUAAUACCGCUCAGUCCUCAGUGUUUUCUUUCAUGGAUGGUUUCUCCGGAUAUAAUCAGAUCAAGAUGAAUCCUGAAGAUAUGGAAAAAACUACUUUCAUUACUCCGUGGGGAACUUUCUGCUACAAAGUCAUGCCUUUUGGUUUGAAGAAUGCUGGAGCAACAUAUCAAAGAGCGAUGGUGACCCUCUUUCAUGAUAUGAUUCACAAGGAGAUAGAGGUGUACGUGGAUGAUAUGAUUGCUAAGUCUCAAGGAGAAGAAGAGCACCUGGUCCACCUGCGUAAGUUGUUCGCACGUUUAAGGAAGUUCAGAUUGCGACUGAAUCCUAACAAAUGUACAUUCGGGGUCAGAUCAGGAAAACUGUUAGGGUUCAUAGUCAGCCAAAGAGGAAUUGAGGUAGACCCAGAUAAGGUUAAGGCUAUACAAGAAAUGCCUGCGCCCAAAUCUGAAAAGGAGGUGCGUGGUUUCUUGGGAAGACUGAAUUACAUCGCCCGCUUUAUCUCGCAUCUCACAUCUACCUGUGAACCAAUCUUCAAGUUAUUAAGGAAGGAUCAAGCUGUUGAAUGGAAUGACGACUGUCAAAAGGCAUUUGAUAAGAUCAAGGAAUAUCUGCAAGAGCCGCCCAUCCUGAUUCCACCUGUGCCCGGUAGGCCACUCUUAAUGUACAUGACUGUGCUUGAAGAUUCAAUGGGUUGUGUGUUGGGUCAACAAGAUGAAACCGGUAAAAAGGAGCAUGCCGUCUAUUUCCUAAGCAAGAAGUUCACAGAUUGUGAAUCAAGGUACACUGCCCUCGAGAAGACCUGUUGCGCGCUAGCAUGGGCUGCCCGACGCCUAAGGCAGUACAUGUUAACUCACACUACGCAUUUGAUUUCCAAGAUGGAUCCUAUCAAGUACAUCUUUGAAAAACCUGCCGUUACCGGAAAGAUUGCGCGCUGGCAGAUAUUGCUGUCUGAGUACGAUAUCCAGUAUGUCGCUCAAAAGGCAAUCAAAGGAAGUGUGUUGUCGGAGUAUCUUGCUCACCAACCUCUAGAAGAGCAUCAGCCGGUUCCAUCCGAUUUUCCUGAUGAAGAUGUUAUGAUCUUAGAGAAAGUUAUAGGAGAUGAAGAAGGGCCCGAACCAGGCGCUCGUUGGAAACUAGUCUUCGAUGGAGCUUCCAAUGCCAUGGGGCACGGAGUCGGGGCAGUUUUGAUAUCACCAAGAGGUGGAUAUAGACCUCUUGCAGCCAGAUUGUGUUUUGAGUGUACAAACAACAUAGCAGAAUAUGAAGCCUGCAUCAUGGGUCUCGAGGCAGCCAUCGAUCUAAGGAUCAAAAUCUUAGAAGUAUAUGGAGACUCAGCGUUAGUAAUCUGUCAAGUAAAAGGAGAAUGGGAAGCACGGCACCCAAAGAUAAUCCCAUAUUGCACUCAAGUCAAGAAGCUAGCAGAGUACUUUGAUGAGAUCACUUUCCAUCACAUUCCAAGGGAAGAGAAUCAGGUGGCCGACGCUUUAGCUACAUUAUCUUCAAUGUACAAAGUAAGGUUCCACAACGAAGCGCCUCUCAUAGUAUUGGAACGUAAGGAUGAACCAGCUGUGUGCACAGUGGCUUCAAAGGAAUGUGAUGACAAACCAUGGUUCCAUGAUAUCAAACGAUAUUUGGAAAAACAAGAGUAUCCCGAAGGUGCGUCAAUCAGUGACAGAAAAACAUUAAGAAGGUUGGCCACACAGUUCUUCUUAGAUGGGGAAGUACUCUACAAAAGAAACUAUGACAUGGUGUUGCUUAGAUGUGUAGACCGACAAGAAGCGGAUCAUCUUCUGGCAGAAAUCCAUGCAGGAACUUUCGGGACUCACGCCAAUGGGCAUGCAAUGGCGAGGAAGAUCUUGAGGGCAGGGUAUUAUUGGCUGACCAUGGAAGCAGACUGCUACCGUUAUGUCAAAACAUGUCAUAAGUGCCAAAUAUAUGCCGACAAGGUGCAUGUGCCACCAAACCCGUUGAAUGUAUUAACGGCACCUUGGCCGUUCUCUAUGUGGGGCAUUGAUGUAAUUGGAAUGAUUGAGCCGAAAGCUUCUAACGGACACAGGUUCAUCUUGGUCGCUAUUGAUUACUUCACCAAAUGGGUUGAAGCUGCUUCAUAUGCGAAUGUGACACAACAAGUAGUAGCCCGAUUCAUCAAGAAAGAAAUAAUUUGUCGUUACGGGAUUCCUAACAAAAUUAUCACAGAUAAUGGGUCAAACCUAAACAACAAGUUAGUGAAAGAAUUAUGCGAUGGUUUCAAGAUUGAACACCAUAACUCUUCGCCAUACCGACCACAGAUGAACGGCGCCGUGGAAGCAGCCAACAAGAAUAUCAAGAGGAUUAUUCAGAAGAUGGUCAAGACGUAUAAAGAUUGGCAUGAGAUGCUCCCGUAUGCAUUGCAUGGAUAUAGGACGACUAUCCGUACCUCAACCGGGGCAACCCCUUUUUCUCUGGUAUAUGGCAUGGAGGCAGUACUUCCCGUAGAGGUGGAAAUCCCUUCAUUGAGAGUGUUGAUGGAGACCAAACUAGAAGAGGCGGAGUGGGCCCAAACAAGGUUUGACCAGUUGAACCUCAUAGAGGAAAAGCGCUUAACGGCACUCUGCCAUGGUCAGCUGUAUCAACAACGACGCAAGAAGGCCUUUGACAAGAAAGUGCGCCCCCAUGAGUUUCGAGAAGGCGAGCUAGUAUUGAAGAAGAUCUUGCCCAUCCACAAAGAUUCCCGAGGCAAAUGGACCCCUAACUAUGAGGGACCAUACGUGGUGAAGAAAGCAUUUUCAGGAGGAGCCUUAAUCCUCACCACUAUGGAUGGAGAAGAAUUUCCACUCCCAGUGAAUGCUGACGCGGUCAAGAAGUAUUAUGCCUAAAAAAAAAAAGAGAAAUAAAAAAUAAAGGCUCGCUAGAUUGAAAACCCGAAAGGGCAAUCUAGGCAAUAGAGAGCGUCCCGGUAGACUGAAAACCUGAAAGGGCAGUCUAGGCAAAAAUUAGGGACACCAAAAAAGGAAAUGUAAUCCCGGUGGAUUGAAAACCCGAAAGGGCGAUCCAGGCAAAAGUUAGGGAUAUGUAAAAAAAAAAAAGGAAAAUAGAAGGCAGGAGACCCAAGGCGUCAGCAUUGUAGUAGAAGGCUCAAGUGGAAGUGAUCGGUCUAAUUGUCAGCUUCGAGGUUAAAGUUUGUGUAUGUUGGAAGUCACGAGGGAAACGGUGGAUGAGGUGUUGUUGACCUUUUGUUUUUGUUGCCAUUCCCAAAAUUAGUAAUCUCCUCUUAUAGGAAUUGCUUUCCUAUGUAUUGACACCCAUUCGAGGGUCAAUAUUUCAUCAAUAAAAUCCCUUUUGUCUAUUUGUUUUAUGUCUUGUUUCUCAUAAAAUGCAUUCUUUUCUUCUUGAUAGUGCAUAAAAAAUGUGAGGGCUCAUAAAAGGAUAUAGUUAAGACUUUUCCGAGAAAAACGGCAUUUGUUUAUAAGAAAAGAUGAUCCUCGGUUUUUAACCUUGCACCCGCAGUGCAAACUCGUAGCAAGCAAAGAGAUCGUGUUCCUUGAAAGAAAAAUAAGUAUUGUGUGAGAGGAGAUAAUAGGGGCAUUACCUGUAGAGAGACGAGAAGGAUGACGUGCAUUAAUGUUUUAAUUCAUACACCUCAAAAGAAAUCAUGCAUUUGGCUUAAAAAGUUUUUUCUGCAUAAAUAAACAUGCUCGCAUAUAGAAUUCAUGGUAUGUGGAAACCCGAUGGCUUAGAAGUUGUUUAACCCUCUCCCCCAGUUAGCUUGAGGUAACGAGAUGAUAUUUCUCGAAUGUGUGUCUGCCUGCCUCGCAGGACGUCGAUAGUGGUUUACCCAGAUGGCUAGUGUGUAUGUAUGAGUGCAUAUCGAGUCCUAUGUGAAGUGAAUGUUAUUUCGAGUCCUAUGUGAAGUAAAUGUUAUUUCGAGUCCUAUGUGAAGUGAAUGUUAUUUCGAGUCCUAUGUGAAGUGAAUGCAUAUCGAGUCCUAUGUGAAGUGAAUGUUAUUUCGAGUCCUAUGUGAAGUGAAUGUUAUUUCGAGUCUUAUGUGAAGUGAAUGUUAUUUCGAGUCUUAUGUGAAGUGAAUGUUAUUUCGAGUCCUAUGUGAAGUGAAUGUUAUUGAGCCCUAUGUUUAAUUAUGGAUCGAGUCUUAUGUGAAACGAAUGUUUUUGAGCCCUGUGUGAAGUAAGUGAGUCUUAUCUGUAUGAGUGGAAAUUGAGUCUUAUGUGAAGUGUAGAAUGAGUCUUAUGUGAAGUAAACCUUGAGUCUUAUGUGAAUUGAGCCCUAUCUAUGUGAAUGUAAUAGAGUCUUACCUGUGUGGAUGUUGAGUUUGUGAUGAGUCUUACUUGUGUAAAUUGAGUCCUACCUUGUGGAUGUUGAGGUUUUUAAUGAGUCUUACCUGUGUGAAUGAGCGUUUGAGUCUUACCCGAGUCUUAUCUGAAUGAGUAUUUGAGUCCUGCCAGAGUUAUUAGAAUCCCAGAGGAUUGUUGUUGGUUGAGUUUUAAAUGAUUUUUGUCGGUAUAGAUGAGUCUUGCCUGAGUCUUGUUUGCGUGAUUGAAAGUUGAGUCUUACUGGUGGAGAUGUUAAGGGUGGUAUUAUCUGAGUCUUGCUGGAUUGUUGGGGUCUUACCCGUGCGAGUAUAGAGUUUCAAAUGAGUCUCAUCAGGGUCAUAGUGCAAACAGAGUAUCAUGUAAUUGAAGUAAUCGUAGAGGUCCGUUCUUGCUGUCUGGUCAAAAUUCGAGUCCUUAAGUAUUUAAUCGUCUUCCACCAUGAGUAUGCAAAGAUGUAGUCAAUGCACUCUCGGGUGAAAGUCAAUUAAAUAGGGGCAGCUGUUGUACCCUAAUUUUGUCCUACCUUUUCUUAAAAAAAAAAAAUUUAAUUUCUAUUAUUAUUGUUGUUAUUAUUAAAAAAAAAAAAAAAAAAAACAAAAGAAUAAAAAAGAGGAGGAGUUCCACGUGAAACAACAACAAUUUGGCAGCAAGCACUCUCCACUCCCCUUACUUCAAGCUUACAAUUUUAACCUCUUCCCAAAUAAAACCAAUCAUCCACCAAGAGCAAAAGAUGAUGUUUUUCCUUCCCUUCUUGGCCAAUUAAACCCUAAAUUUCUAAUAUAAGUAGAGGACGUUUUUCAGAGCAAAGGGAGGCAAUUUUAGGAGCUGAAACGGAGAAGAGAAAAACCAAAAAAAUCUCAUUUUUUCAUCACUUUUCCAAAAUCCGAAAUUGACUCAAACACCUUCCAAACUUCAAUCUUCUUCACCCAAGAGCCUCCAAACACUUUCAGUAGAUAAUAACCAUCGAAAAAACGAAAGAAAACCGUCCAGAAAAGCCUACCCAAAACUCCAAAAUUGCCAAGAAAAAGGGGUUAACAAACCCACUGAUACAAAGCUCAAAACAAGUAGGUUUCUAAACGUUUUUCACUCAUGAACACCCAAUGAAGCUUUUCCAUUCGUUAAUUUUGCUUAAUCUUGCUUAAAUCAUAUUUUGGUUUUUUGAGUUCUCAAGUUGUUGUUCCGUUUUUUCAAAAUAUAAGCCUCCACUGUGAAAUCUAAGCAUAGAUUCAUGACCAGUGCGAAAAACCGAGCAAAACGGUAUAUAAGUUUGUGAUUUUUGAUGAAGUUUUGGCCAAGUUGUUGUUGUUGGCCGUGAGCUUCAAAGCUCUUUCAUGGCUUCCCUUUUGUUGUUCUUCAUCGUGAAGAAGGAGAUGGGGUUGAAGACGAUGACGUGUCAGCACGUCAUUGGCUCCCCCUUUAUUUUAAAACACAAUCGUUAGAUCGGAUGUAAGGCCGAGAUCUGUUAGUGGAUUUUUUAAAUCCAAGCCAUUUGAUCAAAUCAAAAGGCCUAGAUCCGGGAAGCCUACCAUACACCCUUAUCUUAACGCUGUACCUGAUUAGUUUUUGUUCUGCUCUUUUUUUGUUUGGACGAUUUAGUCUGGGCUGGGCCUGGUGCUGUAGAUUGCU